UAUGUAUUUAUUUGACCACCACUCUUUUUCCGUAGUCGGUCAUCGACUUUAAUUCCAUUUUAUCAGACGAAACUUAGUUUUCUUCCACAACAUUAAAAUGUUACCUGCAGCUCAGAAAUAUUUGCAAGUUUUGUUGAUCGUUUUAAUCAUUUUUGUGUCGGUGACAAAGCAACUUGAAAACUUGACAUUGACGAAAGCUGAGAAAAGGAAAGUUGAUCAGUUCAAAGAUGCCAUUUCCACUUUGGUUUUUCCAAGGGAGACGAUGAAAGAAGAGUUAAAUCUUGUCCGAUACUUGAGAGCACGUAGAUGGGAUGUUACGCGAGCAAAUAGUAUGCUGAUGCAGACUGUGAAAUGGUGGGAGGACUAUAAAAUGAACAGCAUUCACGACGAGGACUGGUCAAGUUUUCAGAAAGACUAUCCCAUUUUUAUCAACGGUACAGACAAAAAUGGUCUACCCAUAUUGGCCUUGCCACUUGGCGACUGGGACUUGCGAAAGGCAGCGGUACAAGGACAAAUUCCCAACGUGAUACGAUGGUUCAUAAAAAAUGUGGACGAGGUGCACACAAUAACCAGAAACUUGGCAAAUGGCGGAAAAAUGAACGGAACUCAGUGGAAUUUAAUUGGAAACUUGGCCAAUUUUACGCGUCAUCAACACAUGUGUGUUCCAUGUAUACGAUUUCAUACAGAGUUUGCUACUAUGUAUGAAUCCCACUAUCCGGGCGGAAUCGGAAGAUUGAUCACCCUUAACACACCCUCCGUGUUCCAAGUGCUGCUUACUUUGGUCGGACCAGUCCUGUCAUCUACGACUCGUGACGCAAUGCAAACUCUUGGGACAAGCAAGGAGGAGUGGGCUAAAGUCCUACGCCCCAACUUUGAGGGGAAUCAAUUGCCCGAAAGUUUCAGGUGGUAAAAGUUUGAAAUAAUAUUUAUCUAAAUGGACACGUGAAUUCGAAUAAACUAUUUUUAUUCUUGUAAUGGACACUAA